GAUUCAAUUGAUCUGUCAAUUUUCAACGAUCUGAAACAAAAUGCGAACGGGUUCGUCAUACGGGGCACUGACCCUUCAUAUCUCAACUGCUCUGGCCGUUACGCUCUGGUGAACAAGACCUUUGCCAGCGGUUGGAGCAAAGUAGUCGACGUUCUAUCAGAAUCGACCGUACUAAAACGGCCAAAUCUAGACGGGAAAACGUUCCAGGACUGCUUCCAUGCGAAUUUCGGCAAAAGCGAUUGGGAACUUCGCUGCAAUCUAGAAAUGUUGAAAGGUUUCGUUAGUGAAAUCAAAGUGCUUGCUACAGCUACGGAACGCCUCAAAUGUAAUAACGGUGAGUGGCUGAUGUCCUACUGUAUUCCUCGGAAUCCUCUGGACAACAUCCAGCAACUGAAUAUUGUAACUGAGCGAGGAUCACCUUUGGAUACAUUACAUCUUGUACAGCUGUCUCCACAAAAGAGACAUCAAUUUGUAAAUAUGAUUCAACGAUUUUUUAUUAACUACCCAACACUACGUCUUCAUGAUUUUCGGAGGCAACAGAUAGUAUUGGUUGACGAGCAACCGAAACUAGUUGACUUCGACGGUGCCUAUUUCAGCACCGAGGAUACAAACGCAGAUGAAUAUCAUUCGACUGUGUUGCGGAAGCUACACUCAGAAAUACUCAUAGACUCCUCCUUCGAUAUUGACCAGAAAAAUGAUGGAAUACGGAUCAAAAGAAGGGCAGAUUUACGUCGGAAAUAG